AUGAGUCGUCUAGCCGCUCUGCUGAUUUUCGUGGCAAUUGGAGCCGCGUUGGCCGCUCCGCUCAAAGUUCUUUUCGUGUUGGCGCCAGUUCCAGUCAAACGUACGUCAGGAAGGGUUUCCGUACUUUUCAGAAAUCGUGUCUAGAAACGUUUUUUCGACAAAACACGUGUGUUUAGUGGUCGUAGAGAUGAUGCGGCCUGGAGGCUAUUUAUGUUGUGUUUAACGGUUCCGAUUUUAUGGCGAAAAGUUGAUUUGGGACCAGAUUUUUGGUGUCUUAUUUUAUGAUCGUUCUAGAGGAUUGGGGAGAAAGUGGAAGAAAGGAUUAGUGCAGUUUGACCUCAAGUUGGCCUAGCGACACCUAGUCCACUCUCAUUUCUUCCAGAAAGCGGAACCGACGGCGCGAAACUCAUCGCCGUGAUUCCCUCGAACACGACGCGUCUCGUGCUCAAAUUCGACAAACCCAUUUUGGCGCGAAUCGAGAAGACUGCUGAAUUCUCGGCUGCAUUCCAGGAUCCGGGCGCCGCGUCGAAGGAGUCGUCGGUCGUGCGGCUCGAAGCGAUCGGAGAGCUGAAGAGGCCGGUGAUUGUGAGCGUGAAGGACGGCAAGACGGGCGAUGCGGUCAAGGUUCUCGUCAAGGUGGAAGAGAACGCUUAA